AACCCUAGCUCAACCCCUGCAGUGAAGUGCUGCUAGCUUCCUUCCCCUUCUCCUUCGACGCCGGUUUCCAGAACCGCCGUGGAAAUGAGCACCGCCGCCGCGCGCCCGUUGGUUACCAUCCAAGCUUUGGAAAAUGAUAUGGCCACGGAUGGAGGCUCCGCCGCUGAUUGCCUCCCUCUGCCGGGAGUCAUGAAGGCUCCGAUCCGACCUGACGUGGUGACCUUCGUCCAUUCCAAUAUCUCCAGGAAUUCCCGCCAGCCUUAUGCUGUAUCGAAGCGCGCUGGUCAUCAGACCUCCGCCGAGUCAUGGGGGACUGGCCGUGCUGUGUCUCGUAUCCCCCGUGUGCCGGGAGGUGGUACGCACCGCGCAGGGCAGGGUGCUUUCGGGAAUAUGUGCCGCGGUGGUCGCAUGUUCGCUCCGACCAAAAUCUGGCGCCGCUGGCACCGGAAGAUACCGGUCAACCAGAAACGCUAUGCGGUUGUUUCCGCCAUUGCCGCCUCGGCUGUUCCGUCGCUCGUGCUUGCACGAGGACAUCGCGUGGAAUCCGUGCCGGAGAUUCCGCUCGUUGUUUCGGAUUCUGCUGAGGGCAUUGAGAAGACCUCGAAUGCCAUCAAGGCUCUAAAGCAGAUCGGAGCUUAUCCUGACGCUGAGAAGGCGAAGGACAGUCACGCUAUUCGGCCAGGUAAGGGUAAGAUGCGUAACCGCCGCUAUAUUUCCCGCAAAGGUCCUCUGAUUGUCUAUGGAACUGAGGGGGCUAAGCUGGUGAAGGCUUUCCGUAACAUUCCGGGCGUUGAAAUUUGUCACGUGGACCGUUUAAACCUUCUGAGGCUCGCUCCCGGAGGUCACCUUGGCCGUUUCAUCAUCUGGACUAAAUCUGCAUUCGAGAAGCUGGAUGAGGUCUAUGGUUCAUUUGACAAGCCUUCCGAGAAGAAGAAGGGAUAUGUAUUGCCAAGGCCGAAGAUGGUGAAUGCUGACCUUGCUAGAAUCAUCAACUCGGAUGAGGUUCAAUCCGUUGUCAGGCCGAUCAAAAAGGAGGUGAAGAGAGCGACUUUGAAGAAGAAUCCUCUGAAGAACUUGAAUGUGCUUCUCAAGCUCAACCCACAUGCUAAGACUGCUAGGAGGAUGGCCCUUUUGGCUGAGGAACAACGAGUUAAGGCCAAGUCUGAGAAGCUCGCAAAGAAGAGACAUCAAAUCUCUAAGGAGGAGGCAUCUGCAAUUGCGGCUGCUGGUAAGUCAUGGUACAAGACCAUGAUAUCUGAUUCUGACUACACUGAAUUCGAGAACUUCACGAAGUGGUUGGGAGUGUCUCAGUGAAUCCAUUGUGUUUGAGGAUACUUAAGCUCUACCUUCAUUUUGUUGUUUUAUUUAGUUUUUUUUUUUUUUUUUUUUUCUGCAGCUUUAUAAUUUUAUUGGUGGUUAAGAUGUGGGAAUGAAAAUUACAGUUUUUGAGUUUCUUGACUUAGUACCAGUUUUCCCUUUAAUACAUAUCUUGGUAUUGAAUUUUGAUCU